UCGAGGUUUCCCGCGUUUCGAGCUUAAAUUUUGAAGAUGGCAGGUGCAACCACCGGCGAAGAAAGAAUGGAUGUAGAUAUAUUACCAUCGACUAGCAGCAAUAAUCCAAUAACUACAGAAAAGGAUGAAAAAUCUUCGCAUUUACCAUGGAUUGAAAAGUAUCGGCCACAUGUAUUUUCGGACAUUGUUGGGAAUGAAGAUACAGUGUCGAGAUUAUCUGUUUUCGCUCAACAUGGAAAUUGUCCAAACAUUAUUAUAUCAGGACCACCAGGAGUUGGAAAAACUACUACGAUACUGUGCUUAGCACGUAUUUUGUUAGGACCAAAUUUUAAGGAAUCAGUUUUAGAGUUGAAUGCUUCGAACGAUAGAGGGAUAGAUGUUGUCAGAAACAAGAUCAAAAUAUUUGCUCAAAAGAAGGUAAAUCUUCCAAAAGGAAAGCAUAAGAUAAUAAUCUUAGAUGAAGCUGAUAGUAUGACUGAGGGUGCACAACAGGCAUUGCGAAGAACUAUGGAAAUAUAUAGCAAUACGACCAGGUUUGCAUUGGCCUGUAAUAACAGUGAAAAAGUUAUUGAACCUAUACAAUCACGUUGCGCCAUGUUGAGGUAUGGGAAGUUGUCGGAUGCACAAAUAUUGACAAAGGUCAUAGAAGUUUGUGCUAAAGAAAAUAUUUCACAUACAAAUGAUGGCUUAGAAGCAAUAGUGUUUACUGCUCAGGGUGACAUGAGACAAGCCUUAAAUAAUUUGCAAUCAACUUACAAUGGUUUUGGUCAUGUAAAUAGUGAAAAUGUUUUUAAAGUUUGUGAUGAACCACAUCCAUUACUCGUUAAAGAAAUGCUUGAAUAUUGUGUAGAAGGGAACAUUUCCAAAGCGUACUCUGUAAUGGAACAUUUAUGGAAAAUGGGAUAUUCUGCUGAAGAUUUAAUUAGUAACAUAUUCAGAGUUUGCAAAAACCUUUCAAUUGAAGAAACACUGAAAUUAGAGUUUGUAAGGGAAAUUGGGGUAACGCAUUUGGGCAUUGUAGAUGGAAUCAACAGUUUAUUACAAAUGAACAGUCUUUUAGCACGCCUUUGUAAAAGGGCGAGAAUGUGUUGAAGACACUUUUUGUAAUUAUUAUAUUUUCAAAAUAAAAUUAUUUAUACACUUGUA